AUGAAUCACAGCGAGAUAAAGGUAAGUCAGGUUUCCUCCAAAGCUGGACCAGAAGGGGCAAGCUGGCUGCCCGCUGGGAUGGUGCACUUGCUUGGACGCCUUCCUGGGUAAUGAGCUGAGUGGACAGGUGUCACUCUUAAGUUUCUUCUUUGCCCAACAGGUUAUUCUGGCAGCACAUUUUAAGCCGUGGGCAGGGUGGGAAGUGGGAGUCUGAUGGGUUUAUUUGCUUUUCAACUAAGGGGCUGUCAAAUUGGGUGGUGAUGAGCCAUGGCUAUUGUUGGCACUGCAGAGCUUGCCACCUUCUGAGAAAGUGUGCUUGCCCAAGGAAGGAGAAGUGUAGCAUCGGUUAAAUUGAUGGAGAGGAGCUGGUCCAAGGGGUUAGCUGCACCUGGGAUACUCAUGCUAGCUAGCACAUGUAGUCAAAGUUCCCUUUUGAAUGGCAGAAUUAACGCCUGUGACCUUGUGAUGACAUCAGUUCACCUGGGGAAAAAGAAGUGGGCUUUUAAAAAGCCAGAAGUAUGCCCAGUUUUACUCUUCUUAACUCAUCAAUGGGAUGGAGUGAUAAAGGCAUUAUGUGAGCAACUCUUGUCCUCAAAUAUACAAUGCAGCAAAAAGUAAUACACACACACACACACACACACACACACACACAGUAACUGCUUUCUUGUUGGGGUACAAGAGUAUUUGAAGUAUAAUCAAGUACUUUCUGUGUUACUUCUUGAGAUGGGCAUGGUGGGACCACAAUCUAUGAGUAAGCUCCCCAAUUAUUGCAUAUUUAAGCCUGUCUUACGCUGUAUGUUUGUAUGUUUCAGUUCCUUGUAUUUUAUUUUUUAUGCAAGGUGUCCUUAAUAUGUCAGCUACAUCCAAGUUAAUUUCCCACACACACACUAAGUUAAUCUGUGGGUAAGCAGAGUCAGCUCCUUGAUGUAGGCACGUGGGUUGUUUCCUUUAAAUGGUAGACUAUUGCCACUUUGUUUUAUUGUGCUAUCAGAACAAUGAUUAUUUAGUUCUUUAAAAACACUGUGAAAUAAAAUGGUUCUAGCAAUGAACAAAAGCAGUGACCUGUUGCUGAUUCAUCAUAGCCCUUGUUAUGUGUAAAAAGAGGUGGGGAAGUGUCCAGGGAAGCAAGCUUUCUUUUACAUUCACAAGAAAACCUUGGCUGAACUGGUUUUAAUGCAGUUCAGGGCUUCAUGUUUUCAGAUAAGAUGGAUAUCAUUAGUCCUGGCUAGGUCCCUUGUGCAAGAUGUCCUCAAUGGGUGCCAUUCCUGAGUGUGCCUACCUCCUCACUGGUGUCCCAACUAACCAUUAACUUGCUUUCUCCUUCUGGUCUCAGUCUGCAUAUCUGCCCAAAGGGAGAAGGUUGUUCUUUCUUGUUACUUUUGCUACUGCUUGAAUACUCAGAUAAGACAGGUGGGCAGGUAGUGACAGCAGGAAGGAGCAGCAGCACCAGAGCCAGGAGAUGUUGGGAAUUGAUCGUGGCCUGCUGGUGUGGGCCUCGGCAGAUGACAAAUAAUACCUACCUCUGACACUAGUUUCUCAUGUCACUGCCAGUACCUGUGGUCCCCCCUGGCUUCUCAGAAGAUUAAAAGAGGACUUCAGUGAUUGUGGCAUUUAUACUGUGACAAUUAUUUCAGCAUAAUCACACUAUCUGAUUUUAUCUGCAUUGUUCAAUUUAAUAAGAGAUUUAUUUGAAAAUGAAGAACGGUUUUUAUAUUAAGUACAGUAUUGUCAACAGCCUUAUUUGGGAAUUGGGCCAUCACUGAAUUUAGCAAAGUAAUUCAUUUCACAUGGGUGGGAGUCUUAUUUCCAUUUUUGAUUGGCCAGCUGCUCCACAUAGAGCAAGGGCAAAUUCAUCCAUUUGAAGAUUUUUCUGUUGCAUUCUUACCCUUCUGCCUUGCAGGAAACUUGUAAAGCGACAAAUAACCAUAAAGAAGUGUAGUAAGGCUGGCUGCUCCUGGUCCUCCUCUGAUAAGGACUCUCCUGGCUCAGAAGACAAACUUACAAGCUCUGUGCCUAGCUCUUCAGGAUGUGCAAACUCCAUUUAAAGCCAGUUGCACACCUCCAUCCCGAUGAACAGAAUUCCCAGCACACAGUACAACUAAUCCCUAACCAUUUGCUAUGCUGGCUGGAGCUGUUAGGAUUUCGAGUUGAACAAUAUCUGGAAGGCCACAGGUUCCCCAUUCCUGAUGUAAUGGAUUGGUGGUGGUGUUGAACAAAUUAUUAGGAAUACCUUUGCUUUGGUGCCAGAAAUUUAUUAGAUGCUAAAUAGAACCGCAUUUUGUUAACUUACCCGUCUUGCCUGAAACAAGUUGGUUGGUGCAGCUGAAAGUGGUUUAAGAGUGCCCCUGAGAAGGAAUUUGCACCUGGAGGUUUUCCCCCAUUCCUGUGAUUGGUGCCUUCCUUUUUGUUUUUUUUUUCCUUUUAAAAAGGCUAUAGGGAAAAUAAAAUAUUGGCAUGUAUUAUUGGAAAUAUCCAAAAGUUGAGAAAGGAAAAAAUGUUCCUCCCUGAAUAUAUAUGCAAUGUGUCUCUUCCUUCAAAUCCCUCCUUACACCCUUUCUUGGGUGGCCUUGGUUUACCCCCUUAAUCCUCAUGCCAUUAAUCCUCAUUUCCAACUGUGACCAGUUUUAAGAAGGUGUAACUGCAUUUGGUUACAUUCAUCCCUUCUUGCUCUUGUCUCUCUGUUGCAUUUUCCAUUGCAUCCUCUGUGGGCUCAGGAAUAUUGAUGGUGCUGUAUAAAAUAAUUAUUAAAUGUCUGAGCAAGUAUGAUGCAGUAGAUAACCCCCCCAAUACACUUAACCAUGAAGCUUACUGACAGACUUGGGCCAGUCACUAUUAUUUUAAAGUGUUUUUGCUUCAUUUGCUGUUUAAAAACUUCCAAUGUAGGUUAGGCUGAGGAUAAAAUGAGGAUGGGAGAAGAACCACGUAAGUUGUAUUGAGCUCACUGGAGAAAAUGCAACAUCAAAGUGUUUCAUUGUUGUUGGAAGAACAUCAAACCUAAUACCAUGUUCAGUUAAAUUUGAGGUACAACCACAGACCACAUUUUGACUGUUUAAUGGUGCAACUGUGGAGAAUGGCUUUAGCAAGAUCUUCCUUCUUUUUUGAGGCUUGCAUCACUUUCUUAGCAGGGUAUAAUUAACCUGAAGGAAAGAGGUAUGAGGUGAAAUAUUUUCAAAGUAUCCAAAUAUUUGAAAUCCAUUGAAACAUAUCCAUAUAAACUAGAAUUUUCCCUUUUUUGUACUUUUAAAAGAAAAUUGGGCAGUUUAUCAAGGAUUUUUUAGGAAUAGGAUAUUAUAUCAUGGGACAGGAUAUAGGAUUAAAAGAUCCAACUUUGAACCAGGUUACCCAAAAGACCAACUUUCCCUCCAUUUCCUGGUAAGGGCAUUGAGGUGAUCAAAUGGAAUCAAGUUAGUCUUGCCGGAGUCUAAUAAUUAUCAGCUUAUGGUGAUAUGGAGGAAGCUUUUUCACUGAUGUUAAAAACAUGCUCCCUGUUGAAAUAAGAGAUGCCUUAUCAGUAUUGGUGUUUGCCAGCUUUUGAAGACACACCUGGUUACCCAGGCAUUCUCUUUAUCUGAGCCUCCGACUUCCAUUACUAUGUUGUUUAAUUGGAAAUAUUUUAUUGUAUAUUUUCAUUGUGGAUAUAAAAGGGUGGUAUUCAACAAAGUUGUUGGGUGCAUGUUUACAUUUAUUUAUUAUUUUGUGAAUCACCUUCCACAAUAAGUCCCAAGGUGAUUUACAGCCAUACAAUAAAAGCAACAAAAAUAGGUUUAAAAACAAUACAGAAAACAUAAGUUGUAAAGAAAUGUUAUGUAUUCUAAAUACAUACUCUGCUUCUUUGGUAAGUUAUGACUUACAUAACCUUGAAAGAAUAUAUCCAGGAUAGCUUUUCUACAAGUUCCAACUUGUACAGAAGAAAAAAAGAGGAGUGGGGAGGCUGAGUAUUUUUUUUUUACAGUUCAUUCUCCUUUGGAAAUUAUAGUCAGUAAUGUCUCAAAAAGAAAAAAGGGGAAAAAAGAGUUUGCUGGCUUCUUAAAGACUAACGAAUUUAUUACAACAAUAAAUAUGGCAUAAGACUGUUCGGUAUUUUUGCUGCAAGAGACUACUAUGGCUAUCCCUCUGGAAACCAAAAUUAGGAGAUUGGUGGGAUGGGAGGCACAUAGAUUGUAAUGUCGUGUCAUCUUAAAGCAGGCUGGCUAUAGCUUAGAGUUGAAAAGAUCUUGUCUUCUGCUGACAGAUCUCAGGAGAACUACAUUACUCCAGCCAUCCCAGUUCAACCAGUAUAGAAAAAAAAGAGGGCGAGGCCAGACGGAGUUAAGGCUCAGGAAAAUAUGGCUGUUCCAGAUGCUAAAUUAGCUAGGAAGCCAGUAAAGGGAUUUAAGGAGAAAGGUCAUAUGUUCUAUGAGGGAAUUCCUGUUUGGCCAGUCAGUUAAUUUGUGUUCAGAUGAGCUAUAGAGCCAGCUAGUGUGAUCAAAAGCUCUUAAGUAUAACUUUCCCAAAUUUUCCAAAUCAUGAAUUGGCUUUUCAGCAUCAUAGGUGUAAGGCAAUGUGAAAAUUCUGCCUUGGUGUUGACGGCACAUAUGAAUGGACUGUAAACCGCCCUGAGAAUUCCGGGUAUCAGACGGUAUAUAAUUUCAAUAAAUAAUAAUAGUAAUGUAUGAUAAUAUUUUUAUUAUUUAUACCCUACCCACUUGGCUGGGUUUCCCCAGCCACUCUUGGCGGCUCCCAACAUAUUAAAAACAUCAAACAUCAAAAACUUCCCUAAACAGGGCUGCCUUCAGAUUUCUUUUAAAAGUCAGAUACUUGUUUAUUUCCUUGACAUUUGAUGGGAGGGCAUUCCACGGGGCGAGCGCCACUACCGAGAAGGCCCUCUGCCUGGUUCCUUGUAACCUCACUUCUCGCAGGGAGGGAAGUGCCAGAAGGCCCUCGGUGCUGGACCUCAGUGUCUGGCCUGGACCAUGGGGGUGGAGAUGCUCCUUCAGGUAUACUGGGCUGAGGCCGUAAUAAACAUGGAGUCAGCCUGCACAUGCAGCUGCCAGCCAUCAACAGUAGAGGAGUCAAGUGGUGGUUCAUGCACAUAUUCACCAGUAAUUUUUGUGUAAAAUAUCUCCCUCAGUAUUUUAAGGUAAUUAGUAUUCUAGUGGUACCUUGGUUGUCAAACUUAAUCUGUCCCGGGAGCCCGUUUGACUCCUGGAACUGUUUGAAAACCAAGGUGCGGCUUCCGAUUGGCUGCAAAAGCUUCCUGCACUCAAUCGGAAGCCGCAGAAGCCAUGUUGGAAGUUCUGCUUCCUAAAAAUGUUCGCAAACCGGACCAUUUCCGAGUUUGUGGCAUUCAGGAGCCAAUUUGUUUGGGAGCCAAGCUGUUCGACAACCAAGGUACCACUGUAUAAGAUAAAUUUCUGUUUGGACGAUAAGAAGUCGUCAUAAACUUGUAGGUUUAUGUCCAGCUUGCCAAAGUAUUUCUCCCUCCAGGCAGAGGCAGCCAUUUGAUACUUAAGACAUCUGUGAACCUAAGAAGGUCCAUUUAAUCCAGAAUCUGUCUCACACAGUGGCCUGUCAGAUGCCUCUUUGAAGUCCUUCAGCAGGGUUUGAAGACCAUGGUGCUCUCCUGCUGCAGAGUGGACUUUGGUAAUCUUUGGUACUUGAGUGAGCCCAAAAUUUGGCACCCCCCAAUGGAUCUUCUCAAUUUUAUACCCCCUCAGCUCGGUGCAUUUAAAAAACAGUCAUCAGUACAAAUUCCAUCAAAUAACAGUUGCUCUAUGAUUGUUCCAGAUGUGAGGCAGCAGGGGCAACAACCUUCACUAGGGUUCAUGUAGUGCUACUCCCUCUCUUAUCAUUUCUCCCUCUGUUAACAUGAGGAGUGCCAAACAUGAGGGAUUGAGUAUGGAAAAGGCAGGAGGAGGGGUUGUAGUCUAGCAGGAGAGGUGAGAAAAGCCACACUUGCAAGUAUUAAAGACACAGAAGCUUGCAGGUGCAGCUUUUCUCACCUCUACAUGCCAAGGAGCACCUGCCAAAAAUUCCCUCUUCUGUGCAGCCAUUAAAGGGACAGCAGCCCUGUUUUCCUUUGCAGCUAGUCCUUGAAGGAUUGAUAAGAAUUACUUUCUUCUAAUCUGAAGCCUUUCUCCGAAUGUCCCUGCUUGUCAGAAGUGGGACAGGUGGUUUCUGGGGAAAGGGCAUUUUUAGUUGGGGUGCCACAAUUGUAGAAUUCUCCUCCUAGCAAGGCUUAACCUGGUAACUAUAUUUUUAGUUCCAGACAAACUUUUAUAAAUGUUCCCAAGAUGUAAAUUGCUUUUGUUUUGAAUUUUAGUAUUAUUGUUAUGUUCCCUUCUAUUGUGUAGAUUUCUUCCUUUCUUUUGAAACACCUAGUAAAUGUUUAUAUUGAAGGGUGACAUAAAAUACUAUUUUAAAAUACAUGUAAUAAAAAAUGUUAACCAAGAAGUGAAAUGUGAAUUGGUUCCUAUAACUCUUUAAUUUCUUCAGGGUGAUUAACUUUGAAGCAUGAACAUGUGUGGCCUGACCUUCGAUCUAUCUGUCCUGGCACUGGCAAGCAGGUUCUCGCUAGGGUUUCUUCCCCAAAAUGUACUACGCUUUAACUGUAGAUGCCUGUGGUUGAUAUCGCUGAGAGUAAGCUUUCAUAACCUCCUGUCUUCAUUGCAGGGGGCUGACCCAGAGCUCAGCAAAUUGGCCUGGACAGUCUACACUUACUAUGUUGGUUGCUGUUUUUAAAUGCUGGAAGAUGAGACAGGUUAAAUUCACAGUGCAAUCUUAUGUGUCUUGACUUCCUCCUAAAUUCCCAUUUUGGUUAGAGCAACUAAGGACAAGGGGCUGGGCACAAAAGUGCCAAGAUAAGCUUAUAAUCUUCAAAUGGAGAACUACUUAGCCCUUAGCCCAUGUGACCUUAGAAAUUGGAUUUUUGCUCAGGAUGCCAACCAAGACAGAUAAUCCAUCAUUGCCCCCCAUUACUCUACUUGGUACCCCCAAAUUAAGACCAAUCACACAAGGCCCCGUUACCUUGAGACUCUGACCUUCCCACAACUACACAGGGCAUUUGUAGAAAUAAGAUUCCAACAGAUGCCCUCAGCAUAUUUAGAGGGGAGAUACAGGAAAAUUCCCCCUAUGGAUCACAAAUGUAUAUGUGGAUGCAAUCAGGUAGAGGACAUUACACACUAUCUGCUGAUUUGCCCCCUGUAUACAAUGCCCAGAGGAAAAUGUAUAUUGCCAAUUCUUAAUUGGCUUCCAGGUUGAUCCACACAGGAAGUGACAGUUGAACUCCUAGCAGAUAAACAUCUAUACAUUACACACCAGGUAGCCAAAUUUGCGCUGGCAGCCAAGAAGCUCCAUUCCAACUAUGUGAACACACUUCAAUCUUGACUGUUAGUGUUGUAAAUUUCUUUUAUGUUGUAAACUAUUACAGGUUACAUUGUAUGGUUUUAGAUGAAAGUUUUUCCUUGUAUUCUCUGUCGUCCAUUGUAAAGGCCUUUGGCUAUAUACAAUAAAAUUGACUGACUGGCCUAAAUUCCCAUUUAGGAUUUUAGGAUAUGCUUGUGUUUUCUGGGAAAUCUGAGCGGCUUUCGGAAGCUGUAGAAUUCCUUCAGGCAGGGCAAUGCAAACAUACAUGGUUCCGAGUCCAUAGUUAAUAUUUGUUAUGCUGAUGUGUGUAUCUAUGAAUUUAAAAGGGGAUGCUUUCUUUUUGCUCACCGUCAUCAUUGAAUCUAUGAAUUUUGCAUCGACUGGAGUCACUACCCUUGUUAUGCAUUCCACGUCAGAGCUGUGACUCACAGCUAUACCUGUCUGCGUUCAAAAUCAGACUCAUUCCAUAGUUCUUGAAUGUGGGGUGCUGAUAAUCUAAGGACAUGCCACUGCAUUUGAUAACAUGUUUGCCAUGCUACUAUGGCUUGCUACUACAGAAAGUGAACCUAUGAUAAUUUAUGCAUGGUCACACAACGGGCUGUGACUGCUUAUUCUAUCAUAUCAUAAAUGAAACAGUGGGAUGUCCCUAAAUACCUGUUGAUGUCAGAGCAAAAGCCCCAGCGAAGGGUCCUAUUUAAUCCCCAGUCCUGAUAAAUGUUAUGCUACUGUUAGUAGCUCAUUGACCAUCUCACUUUGCUCCUAGCUUGCAAAGAGACAUGAAUUCAAGUGUAGCUGAAUCACAGGCUACUGAGGUUUUUAUCUCCUGCAGCCCCAAAGAAUGGUGUAAGAGUUCUGAUUUCUCAGAUAUGAACCUUUGAGUCCAUUGUUCCCUAGUGUUUUCUUAGUUCUGCCUUCUCUGUUACUAUGGAUGCUGAAUACUGGCAUUGUAAUUGCUCGUACAUCAGUGGUAGCAGCAAAAGCAGGAUAGCUCAGUUGGUUGGAAGGUUAGAGGUUGAUAAUGCCAAGGUUGCAGGUUCGACCCCUGUAUGGGGCAGUUGCCUAGUCCAGUAUCCUGGGGGUUGGACUGGAUGAUCCUCAGGAUCCCAGCUCUACAAUUCUGUGAUGGUGCUCGACAGUGGCUGGGGUGAUGAACCGCUUUCAGAUUCAUUCUUUAAAAUAUAAAGUAGUGUUGAAAUGAAAUUAGUUAUAAGAAUAAUUUUAGUCAUAAACUUCACUGCAAAAAGGUGACUAGACUGUUGGUUGUGGUUUAAGGUGCCAUUUGGCAAUUAGCUUAUAUACAGUGGUACCUCAGGUUACAGAUGCUUCAGGUUACAUACGCUUCAGGUUACAGACUCCGCUAACCUUGAAAUAGUACCUCAGGUUAAGAACUUUGCUUCAGGAUGAGAACAGAAAUUGUGCUCUGGCUGCGCGGCGGCAGCGGGAGACCCCAUUAGCUACAGUGGUGCUUCAGGUUAAGAACAGUUUCAGGUUAAGAACAGACCUCCGGAACGAAUUAAGUACUUAACCCGAGGUACCACUGUAUCUGAGUUUCUAACAAUCGAUGCUGGUCUCUGGUUACUGGAGGCUGAAGCUCCGCCAUGCAGUCCCCCCCCCCCCAAAAUGUUUAGGUGUACUCUCAUUUUCCUACUCAUAUUGAAAUAUUGUCCCUCAUUGAGGCCAAACUUAGAUUCCCAAAAUGUUUAGGGGUAUGUGUACCCCUGCAUCCCCCCAGAAAAAAGCACUGCCUCCAUGUAAGCAGUUUCUUUUAUCUUAUUAAUACUUCUGAUUAGAAUAAUUAAGAUUUACAUAUACUGGGUCAGUUCAUACACUCAUCUGCCACAAACCUUUAGUAGAGGCCACAGCUUAACAAAAGUUGCCAUGCAAGUGAGAGCUAGAAAUUAAUAUACCCCAGUGGGUUGGUUUGGUUAAAACUCUAAUGCAGCCAUAGUGAACCUGACCAGUCACAAAGCUUCCCAAGACACACAAUACUGAAAACAACACACAGUUGUGACAGCACAGUUGGUUCUAGUGAGAUGAUGUUGUGGUACAGCUUGACCCGAGUACAUCUUCGACCACUCAGCAUUUGCUUAGGACUGAGUGUACUGCCAAGACGAUAUCACAAAACAUGCUGCUGUACUGGUGUUGCAAAGGCGUAUAUUAUUGGAAAUGUUUCAAGGCAUUAUUAUAAUAACAAAUGAAGCUGUGAAAUAUGGAAUGAAAUAUUUAGAAUAAGCAAUAAUAUUUUUAUUAGUGUCUGCAAACCAGUCGUUCAUAUUUAGUACAAAGUUGUCCUGGUAUAUUAGCUCGAGAGGCUGCUUUUUGUCAAUAUGAGACAAAACAACAACAGAUAAACUUUAUCUUCUGCUGUUGCUGUUUCUCAUGUGUGCUCUUCCAAGGUUUGAAAGUUCCAACACCUGAUUUGUUUUUCCCUUGGAACUGCUCAGGGACUAAAUUGUUGUAGUAGUAGGAUCAGUGAUAAUUGGACCCACAGUUUGGUUAAGCUAACAUGCUUGGAUUUCAUAGAUUUAUUUCAGCUGAAGUGCAGUCUGGCUCAUGUAGGUUACUCAGGUUGCUUCUGCAGCUCAACCCCCCAAAUUUGUUAUGUCAGCACAGCCUUUUGGGAAAAUGGUAUCAGUUCUCCAUUUGUAAAAAGGGAGUAUGCAGUGUUGUUGUGAAAAUGAAUAGGAGGACGGUACUAUAAAAAUGGUAUGAAGAUAGUACAGAAUAUGAUGGCAGAUGUCAAGAUGCCACUACCAGACACUUUGCAUAUGGUCUUAUAUGGUCAUCUCUUGCAUUAUUAACCAGAAAUGUGUAAACUUGUGUUCAUAGUUAGUACCAGUCCUGAACUGUGUUCAUACUGCUCACUAAUGCUAACACCUCAGUUUUAGGCCACUUGAAUAUUGCAGCUUGAAUUCACGAGAGUGCGACUAUAAGUCACUCCUGUCAUACCAAAAGGUGUUCUACUUUUAAGUUGACAAGGCAUGCAUCUGAGAUUCCUCAUACUUCUGACGUGAUUGUUUUUGCCAUAGGAGCAAUCCUGGAUAAAAAGUGUUACAUGCUUAGAAAAAAUACUUUGCUGUUUUAUUUCAGAUAAGAUGGAAAGCUGUUUUCUUACAACAGUGUCUUUUGCUCCUGACCUAUCUUGCUAUUGUGCUGGAAGCUGUGCCUAUAGACAUAGACAAGACAAAGGUAAAAGCGGAAGAACAAGUAGAGAAUGCAAAAAUAGAUAAUCCGGUAAGUGAAAUAAAUACUUUGUAAUGGCAUCAAUAUCAUAAGUGUAUAUUACCAUUACCGCUGAACUGAUGGAAUAUUAUUUCUGAAUUUAAAGUAUUAAUACUGUUCAGGGCCAUCUGUGGCACUCAGGGUCUGGAUUUAGGUCUUCUUCUUUUUGUUAGCUUUGUGAAAAUAUUGUAGGUAGAGAGAGAAAAAAGAAGCAAAUUAGAGUGAGGAAAUGAACUAACUGGACCAUUUUGACUCUCAGAGAAAGCAGUUUGACUUCAAACCACUUUAUCCAGUGUUUUAAAUAGGAAAUUUCUCAGCACAGAAAAGAAAUCCUCCAUUUUAAAAAAGAGAUAAACCAUAUGAUACUGGAAAAAGACUUAAGUUUUCUGUACCGGAACACCAGACACCAAAUAUUAUUUGGGCUCAACCUGACUGAUUUUAACUUAAAGAAACCAUGGGGAUCCAGUCACUGACCUCCCCAUAUCUCAUUUAGUCUGAGACCUAAAAUUAACUGGGUUCUUAAAGCUAGAAGAAAAACAGAGGAAGGAAAGCUAUAGAGAAAAUGCCACAUAUAUCUUAUUUAUUCCCUUAUAACCUCUUUCUCUUCUGUACUACUGAGUUUUCUUUAUAAAUGACAUCUCUAAAGAGCUCAGUUAAAUCCACAGAAGUUGCAGUUCCCCAAAGAAUGUGUAUUUAUAGCUGCUUCAUGUGAUUAUUUUUUUUUAUCUUCACCGCUAGAUAAAACAUUAUGGACACUGAUAGUUAGGUCUUAGAAUCACAGCUGGGCUAAAGAUCUCACCUAAUUUAGUCUGAAAUAUUUCUAUAGAAAGAGAAAUGCUUUUCUUCCUUGGCCCUCUUUUACCAAACUGAUAUUCAUUUUCCUGAAGGAUACUGGGCUUUAUUACGAUGUGUACCUCAGGCAAGUGAUAGAUGUCCUGGAGACAGACAAACAUUUCAGAGAGAAGCUCCAGACAGCCGACAUAGAGGCAAUAAAGGUAUGUAGUUUUAACUGGGUAAGCAUGCAGCUUGUUUAGAAAAAUAAGAGAGAGAAGUAGAGCACAGUGGUACUUCAGUUUUCAAACGCCUCUGUAGUCGAACGUUUCGGAACUCGAAUGCAGAAAACCUGGAAGCAAGUGCCUCGGUUUUCGAACAGGAAACACACCUUCUGUUUUGAGUUUUCUGUAUUGAGGCUUGCGUUUUGAGGCUUCUGCUUUCGGUUUUUGAACGUUUUGGAACUUGAACGGACUUCCGGAACGGAUUAUGUUCAAAAACCAAGGUACCACUGUACUCUGGUUUGUCAUUUAUAAGGAGGCUAGACAAAUUCAUGGAGAAUAGCUACUGGAUCCAGUGUUAGGGAGUAUGCUUCUGAGAAUUAGCUGCUGGGAAUCACAAGCAGGGAGAGUGCUGUUUGUGCUCAAGCCCUGCUUGUGGGUUUUUCAUAGGCAUCUCCCUGGCCACUGUGAGAACAGGAUGUUGGGCUAGAUGGGACUUUGGUCUGCUCCAGCUGGGCUCCUCUUAUAUUCUGAUAAGAGCCAGUACGCCAUACAGGUAACAUGGAGUUUGUUCUCAAAGCCAGCAGACCUGAUGGGAUACCUUCUGGUCUUCAAAGUGGGUGGAAUUGAACUUAGACAACAACUUCACAAGGUCAUCAAAAAGGUCUGGGGGAGAGAAGAGAUUCCAGCAGACUUUGGGAUGCCUAAAUUAUCAGUUUCUUUUAAAAAAGGCGAUAAAACGGAUUGUGGAAACGAUCGAGGCAUCUUUUUAAUAGCUGUGGACAUCAAAAUUCUUGCAAGGAUCUUAGCAAACCGUCUCCUAACAAUAUCUGAGGCUACCCUUCCUGAAUCCCAAAAUGGUUUUUGACCUUCUAGGGGUACGGUGGACAUGAUUUUCACCGCUUGACAGCUUCAAGAAAAAUGCAGAGAGCAAAACCAACCCCUGUAUAUGGUGUUUAUUGACCUGACUAAGGCCUUUGACACUGUAAAUUGUAAUGCUCUGUCAACUGUCCUUCUGAAAAUUGGCUGCCCAGAUAAAUUUGUGAACAUCCUUCAGCUCCUUCAUGAUAAUAUGACAGCAACAAUUGCAGAUAGCAAUUGUUCACAGUGGGAUCAAGUAUUAAACAGGGUUGUGUUAUCUAGCUGCUCCUAGAAUGUGUGGGAGCACUAGUGUGUGGAGGUUUCUGUGCAGGACUUCCUCCUAUCUUUAGAUAAGGGAAGUACUGCUUAUCUAUCUCAGCUUCAUGCAUUGUGUUCCGCCACCCCUAAGUGAAAAAGGAAGGCCUUCUAAGCAUAAGACCUCUCUGUCAGCAACAUAGUGCUCACACAACUUUGGACUAAAAAUUGGAUUGGAUCCUUAACUGGCUUACUGUACUCAUUUAUUUAUUAUAUAUGGAACUUGUGGAUCUUAGACUUUGGGUUCUGUUUCCAUGAUAAAAGGAGGUAAUAUGUCCUUCCAGUUGCAACAUGUCAGUUGUGAAAUGCUUCAUCGUCUUCUCUCUGUUGAGAACCUAGUAGAACAUAGUUACCUUCUAAAAAAAUUUAACUGACUACCUUUAUCAAUUGCUUUCUUUAUUGACAGAGUGGAAAGUUAAGCAAGGAACUAGAUUUAGUUAGCCAUCAUGUGAGAACAAGGCUGGAUGAACUGAAAAGACAAGAGGUUGCAAGAUUAAGGAUGUUAAUUAAAGCCAAGAUUGAUUCAUUUCAAGGUAAGAACACAAAGCAAAAAUGUUUCAUUUGCCUCUCUUGUUUACAACAGUAGCAGAGAUUAAUAUAAAAUAGAAUGGCGUAAGAGCUUUGGUGUUUCCUUUCAUCUCAUUACACAGUCCUUGUUUGGAAAUCUAGGAGAACAAGACAGACCAGUUCUGAGGAAACAGCAGACACACAUUUGGGAAAAUGGUUUAAGAAAAGACAACUAUAUGAGUUCCAUUUUGAUAUUGUCAAAUACUUUUGUAGCUUCUUCAUUAAUUUCUCUUGAGCUUUGCAAGUUUUACUUUUCUCACUGAGGACCAGCAACAUACUUCACUGGAAUAUAAACACUAAACUAUUGAUGAGCUGCAAAGUACUAUCUGAUCGGGCCACCUGUUUAGAAAGGUUUUUUGAAAACAAGGUUUGCAAGGUUAUGAGAAUACAGAGCAAAAAUAAAAUGAGUUAAUACUACCCCUGUAAUACUAAUAUUAUGAAAAUGCGGUAGCAUCUUGUUCCUAAUUUUUGUGUGGAAGUUAAACACUUAUCAUCAUUUCCCCAAAAUGCUUAAAUUGCAGAUUGCAUUGCAAUGAAUUCAUUGAAACAAUGUUAAUUAAUCCAUGGACUAGCAGGUAUUUCUAAUAUGCAUAGCAGAAAUGUGAGAAUUAUCUUUUAAGCUGAAUGUUGUUUUAUGGUUUAUGGGCCUAAUCAAGCUCAACUGGGCCCAAGAUAUUGGAUGUUUUGGGCAAACCAUGCCAUCCUUUGCUGGGCCUGAUUUCAUAUAUGAUGUAGGCAGGGCUUUUUUCCAGCCGGAAGUGGCCGGAACUCAGUUCUAGUAUCUCUCAGGUGGGCGUCAUUGCCAUUGUAAGAGAACGAGGGAGGCAUUUAUGGUGAGUUUCAGCACCUCUUUUUCUAGAAAAAUAGUACUGGAUGUAGGGUACAGGGAAGUUCCUACUGCAGCUUUAAACUUCAAGCUGUGGCUAAAAGGAAGAAGAAUCGGAAUUGCCUUCUUAAGUGCACUUCUGAUUCUUCCUUAGCCUCAAAGAGUCAACCCUUUUUGAAUUGGCACCUUUUCUUGCUACCCUGCACUUUCUUUUGGAUGCAGGGGAAGAAUCGGGACUCUUUCUUUUGAAAUUAAGUCGCCUGACAACAUUUGAUUGACUGGUAGAUGGCGCUGCCUACCUGUCAAAGUGACCCACAAAGGGAGGAGAGCUCAGCAUCCGGCCCACUGGCCGUAGCAUGUGUCACAGUAAAACUUGAUUAGAAAAACCACACCUUUUAUUGGCAAUAUCUUGAAAAAAUGUCUAAAGGAGAGAAAAGAUAGAUUUCAGAAAACCAGUUGAUAUUAUGUCCAGUAUGAUAAAAUACAUAUUCUUCAAAGUACCAUGUAUAGUUAUCAUAAUGCAGCUGCAAUACUUAUCAAAACAGUGACACUUAAUAAACACACACACACACAAUUUGUGCAAAAUCUUUUUUCUGUUGCCGCUGUCCUUGUUUUCAGGUGUAGUAUGUAGAAAUAGGGAGAAGAAAAUGUUUUGCAAUGUGAAAUAUGGAUAUACUGUAUUGGAUGACUGGCCUGUUCUCUACAGCAUUUGAAAUGCUUACAUUUCAAUCAGCAGUAAAUGGUGCUUCAGGGGAAUAGAGUGUAAGGCCAGGCUUUAUGAAGAUAGAUUAUCUAGUUCAUGAAACAGUUUUCAUUCUUCUCUAAAGCAGUUAGGGCCAGUUCACAUGAUUAUCCAUUACAGAUUCCCCCCCCCCCCUUUGACCUGCUUUCACUGUGUUCAUGGCAGAAAGAUAAUCUGAAUUGUUGCACACCAGAGCAAAUCACAGUUCUGCUCAGCAAGCAUUAGGAAGGUUUGGGAUGGUGGGGGGAGUUUAAAAGAAGUGCUUCUGCUCUUAAACUCCACACGCAGCUGGACUUACCUUGCUGGGUCUUGUUUAAUGAAAUAUUGCUUCUACUUUAAAAAAAGGAAAGUUCACUGUUUAAGCAGACUUUCAAACAGCAAAAUUAUUUGGAUAGUGAGAGGAAUAUUAAUAAUAAUUUUCCUGGUUAGCAGUUUCUGCAGUUAGUGAUAUUUAAAACGUUCCUUGCUGAGAACCAUUUCAUAGAAUUGUAUCGCUGGAAGGGACCACGAGGGUCAUCUAGUACAACUCCUUCAAUACAAGAAUCUUUUGCCAAACAUGGGGCUUGAACCCAUAACCCUGAGAUUAAGAGUCUGUUGCUCUACUGACGGAGCUAUCCAACAUGCCAGAAUAGAGGGGGAAACAUGCAAACACCUCUGUAGAUGUAUACACAGUGGGGGGCAUCCAGUUGUGUCCAUUCUUGAGUAGAAUAGACUUCUGCACACAUGGUGGGACUUCCCAUUCCUCUCCACCACCACCCCGCUUCCCCUGUCCCCUGCAUAACCCAAAAUCUGCAUGGGGGGGGGGCAGCAGGGAUAGAAAAGGAAGCGAAAGUCUUGCUGGGCAACUAGAAAUCCACUACCUGGGACAUUAUCCCACCUUUAUACAUAUGUGCAUAUGAUGCUUAUGUGCAUACGAUGAUCAACAUGAGGGUUCUAUGCAAAGAAAGAUAGAAGUCUUUAUUUGUAAGAAUUGUGUCACAUUUCAGAAAGCCAUUGGAUCUCCCUCCCACCCACCAAUCAUUUCACACCCAAGCUGUGCUCCCUCCAACCUUGCCAAAUUCAAAGUGAAUUAAUUUAGAAUCUAAAGCCUUCAAGGCUGGUGCAGACAUAAUAUUACUCUGUCUUUUACCCACAUGCUUCCCCCGCAGCCUUGCUCAUUUGUGUGAAUUCCCCCUCUCCUCUCUCUUACACUGCAGAGCAGGGCCUCAUCUUAGCUAGUGUUUGAAGACGGUUUAACAAAAAACCUAGUCCAUUUAGCAGGAAAUAGCCAGAACAUAAUAUAGUCAAGGGAGAAAGGAAGAUGCUAGUGAAGGCAGUACAGAUUAUCACAGCCUGCUUCUGGAUUUCCUAACUCUGUUUAUUGGGGAACAGUAUAUCUGCACCUGACCCAUAGUUGCAUUAUACUGGCCUUCACUUCUUCAGAAUACUAGCCAUUGUUAGGCGGCUCAAGGAGGCUAACACUUUUUUCUUUUCCAAAUGACACUCCCCAUUCCAUGGCUUUUGUAAACUGCUGAGCAUGCUCAGUCCUCACUGAUCCCCCCCCCCCCGGAUUCCCCUCCUUUACUUUUUAUUUUAAGUUAAAUACCUCUUAAUUUUACUUCAGAAAUUCUAUACUUUUGUGUCCCUGGAGUAUGUGGAAAUUGCUGCCUUAUUUGUAGGUUAGUUGAGUGACAAUCUGCUUAGCUGCCAAACUAACAUUUGCUAUUAGAGGAAAUGAUGGAUAUUGGAACUGGUUUAAGUGCAGAAUAGUUGUAGUGUAUGUCUGCUAUAGUAUGCAUUUUAGUUUCUGCCUAUUAAAAUUAUAGUGUAAUCUCUCAACAGUUUGACAGUUGUGUCCUUUUGAGUGUCAAUAUUCAUUUUACUUUGGCUAAAGCCCAUCCUUGAGUUGCUCUUGAGGGCUGCAGCAUAUAAAUGUGUUUUUAAAAUAUGUUUCUUCCCUCAUGCAGUGCCAGGAAACUUAACCUGUUGUUCAAUAUAUAUUGAUAUAUGUAGUUAAAUCAUUUCUGUCUUUGUACGGGUUGUUUUUAGAUUCUGGCAUAGACCAUCAGUUCCUUCUCAAACAAUUUGAGCAUCUGAACCACGACAACCCUCACACUUUUGAAGCUAAAGAUUUAGACAUGCUAAUCAAAGCUGUAAGUGUUGAGCAAAUAUUUUCCAGAUGCUUGCUUGCUGCUACUGCUGUAUUUUUCUUUAGUGGAAUCUACUUUUUCUCCCUCCCCUGCCUCCAUUUUGAAUAACUUUCAUAGUUACCUCAAGAGUCAUAGUCUGAGAAUCCCAUUUGGCUCCGUAAUGUAAUAUUGUGCCACAGGAGACAUUUAUGUGAAUUUGAAAACAGUCUGCUCAUUUUUCUCAUAGUGCCUCAUGCGACUUGCAUCCCCAAGCCAACAUAAGCAAUCUUUGAAGGCUUUUACAGAGCCUUUAAACUGAGCGCUCUUUUGACCUUUGCCAGCUAAUACUGGCAAAUUUUCUUCUCUGAUUCCUUUAGCAAUUUUAUGUAAGUGUAUUUGGAUAUGUACAAAAGAUUUUAACUAGUUUUGCGUUGAUUAAUCACCUGUCUUUUAACUAGUUAACUGCUUUAGGUUUAGACUGAUUUGCAUUUUGCCAAAACCUAAAGAUAGGUUCUUUUGAAGUAGCAAAAAAUAAAUGAAACUUACAAAUAAAUAAACAAAAGCUGCAACACCAUCUUCAAAAAGGGCAUUUUUCAUUCUCUCUUUUUUCCACAUUAAACUUGAUGGAAUCAAAAUAGUCUCAAAAUAUAAGCAGGUGUUUCUCAACGUGUUCAAAAUUGGUCCCCAUAGAUCAAAAGCAGGGAUGGAGAACCUGUGAUGCUCCAGAUGUUAUUGGACUGCAGCUCCAAUGAGUAACAGUUGGAGAGACCACCAGGUCCCCAUCGCUGAGCUAAUGAAUCAGCCAAUUAAAGCUGCUUGCUCUGAAAUUGAAAAGUAUGUUUAGAUUUGCAAUCCAUCCUCUCCUGAAGGCUUGGGGAGGGUAACAGUAUUGCAGACACAAAAACACCAAAUAGGCCCUUUUGCUUAACUAAAUAAUUGGGAAGGACAACUGUCAGAGGAGGGAAAGCCUUACAGAUACAGUGGUACCUCGGGUUACGAACUUAAUUUGUUCCAGAGGUCCCUUCUUAACCUGAAACCAUUAUUAAUCUGAGGUACACUUUCGCUAAUGCUAGCAACAACCCUUUAAAAAUAACUAGUACCACAUUAUUAUUAUGAAGUUGCAGAUGGCGAGGCUGAGACUUCAGUAUAGUGAAUUUUUAGCUCCCCCUAGUGAGUUCAUAGCUGAGUGAGAUUUCCACCGGGAGACUUUGUGACUCAUUGUUAGCACACUUUCCUUAAGCAAAUAGAGAAUUAAGGAAAUGGGACUGAGUUUGCUCUUGAAAAAUGGCUGUGAGAACCACUGUAGAAAAAUGGACAGAAGCAUAAUCAGAAUGGCACUACUGGCAUAGUCAGCUGCAUUUUCAGGUUAUGCUAAACCAUAGUUUAGUUGUACAACAUUAACAAGUAGGAAUGAGCCUAAGCAAGCCUUGGGCUUACCAGCUCCCUCCUCCUGUUGUUGAUUGGUUGGGAUGAGAAAUAAUGGACCAGUAGCGAUCCCUCCAAUGUUAAUGACUUGCAAGAUGAGUGGGUUAAGAUGAUGGACAGUUACAGGAGCCACUGGUGGGGAUGGUUCUGCUGUGGUGGAGGCCCCAGCUAUUCCCAGAUGGACAAUAAGCCACAGUAAGAUCUGAGAGCAUUCUGGGAUUGAAUCUUUGAGAGGUCCAACUUUUUGAUUCCUCAGCUUUAUCAGUCUGGAGCUGGUAUGGUGAAAUUAAAUGCAUAUAUAUAAAUACCUUUCACCUUGCCCAGCCUUCUUCCAACUUGGUCCCCAGCAGAUGUUCUGAACUACAACUCCCAACACACCUGACACUUGGCCAUGCUGGCUGGGGUUGAUGGCAAUUGUAUAUUGAAUUGCUUUGUACUGUACACUUAAGGUACAGUGGUGCCUCGCAAGACGAAAUUAAUCCGUUCCGCGAGAGUCUUCGUCUAGCGGUUUUUUCGUCUUGCGAAGCAACCCUAUUAGCGGCUUAACGGAUUAGCGCUAUUAGCGGUUUAGCGGCUAUUAAAGGCUUAAAGGCUUAGCGGAUUAGCUGCUAAAAGGCUAUUAAAGGCUAUUAAAGGCUUAGCAGAUUAGAUAAAGGGGGCGAAAAGCGAAAAACAAUCUCAAGACUUGCAAGACAUUUUCGUCUUGCGAAGCAAGCCCAUAGGGAAAUUCGUCCUGCGAAGCAACUCAAAAACGGAAAACCCUUUCGUCUAGCGGGUUUUCCGUCUUGCGAGGCAUUCGUCUUGCGGGGCACCACUGUAAUUCUGAUACAGCAGAGGCAUUCAGUAAAGGUAUGCUUCUCAUUAAGUGACACAUUUCACAGUUCUUAAGCAGUUUACCUCUGAGUGUGUGUUGUUUUUCAAGCAGUGCAAAAAUUCAUUCAAAUAAAGGGUUUUAACCUCUGGUCAGGGGCGAACGAAGGCUAACCAACACCCAGGGCGGGGCAAACGGCUGGCUGCGCACGCGUUGCGCCACUAUGAACGAUGCAUGUGUGGCAUUGCUACAUACGACGCAUGUGUGCUGUCGCUAUGUAGGGCACAUGUGCGGCACCGCUACGUACAGCACAUACGUGCGACACCAAGCAUGCGUUGUACAUAGCGGUUUGCCGCCGGCGCCGCCCGAACGCCAUACGGACGUUGGUGGGAUCCUCUGCUCGCAGCUGCAGUGGCGGCGGAGGGAUCUUCUGCUUGCGGCUGUAGUGGCAACGGAGGGAUCCCACCACCAUCCGUAUGGCGCUCGAGCGGCACCGGUGGCAAACCACUAUGUACAGCGCAUGUGCGGCAUCGCUACAUACCGCGCAUGCGUGUGACACCGUGCAUGCAUUGUAUGUAGCGGUUUGCCGCCAGUGCCGCUAAGGCGCCGUACAGACAGUGGUGGGAUCCUCCGCUCGCGGCUGCAGCCACAAACGGAGGAUCCUUCACAUGUGGCUGCGGCGGUGCAACAGCUGCUGGCGCCGCCGCGCCCGGGGGGCGGCAGGGUGAGCACCCCACGGGGUGCCUUCUUGUCACCCCCGAGACAUGGCACCCAGGGUGCACCACCACCCUGUCCCCCCUUGCGACGCCACUGGCUCCGGUGUGCUAUAGUACUCACCCAGUCAGGAUCAGCUUGUCCAGCCCUGAGCACUGGAUGGCCAGGAAGCCACCAGAGACUCCCAGCUUUGCAGGAGCCCACUCAAAUGUUAAUGGAAAAAGACAAAACUAAUAGUUUCCUCAUUGAUGUAGUGGUGGCAGUUCAUUUCAAAAAAGAAUGCGUUGGGCAGCUUAGCUCCCUGUCCUCAUUUAAAGGCAGUGCCUGGUCAAUGGUACUGGUGGUCAGGGUGUGAUAACUUUGAAGUUUUAUUUCUUUUUGGCUAUAUCUUUACAUUUCGGGUUGGGGGCACACUAGUUGACUGUUGUAUAAGGGGCCCACAAAAUCGUGGAAUCAGCUUUGCGACUCUGCCUCUCUUAUAAUUUUACCAUUGCUUAACUCCCUGGAUUUUCUGUGUUGCAUAUCUUAUUGUUUGAGUUGAUGUGGUUUUUCAGUUGUUAGUGACAGAUAUUAAACCACUUCAUAUACGCUUUCCUUUCAUAAGUAAAUUGGAAGGAAAGAGUGUGGUAUCGUAUUUUUUUGCUCUAUAAGACGCACCAGACCACAAGACGCACCUAGUUUUUGGAGCAGGAAAACAAGAAAAAAAAUAUUCUGAAUCUCAGAAGCCAGAACAGCAAGAGGGAUCGCUGCGCAGUGAAAGCAGCAAUCCCUCUUGCUGUUCUGGCUUCUGGGAUAGCUGUGCAGCCUGCCUUUGGUCCAUAAGAUGCACACACAUUUUCCCUUACUUUUUAGGAGGGAAAAAGUGAGUCUUAUAGAGCAAAAAAUACAGUAUAUCAGCUGUUCAGCAUGACCUCAGACCCACUGCUGGGACACACACAAAGCUUGGAUAAAAGGAGUAUUUUGUGCUUCAUAUUGCAGUGGUCAAAAAACACAGUAUUCUUAAUUGAUUUUUAAUUUGUAGGCCACAAGUGACUUAGAAAACUAUGACAAGACUCGUCAUGAGGAGUUUAAGAAAUAUGAAAUGAUGAAAGAACAUGAAAGAAGAGAAUAUUUAAAAACACUGGAUGAAGAAAAGAGACGACAAGAGGAAGCUAAGUAUGAAGAACUGAAGAAAAAGCACAGUAAUCACCCCAAAGUUAACCAUCCUGUAAGGACAUGGUUUGUGUCUACCAUAUAGUGAAGGUGUAUUCAGGCAUUAUGCAUUAAAAGGAGAAUAAAUAAAAGUAGUGGGAUAUGCUUUAUAGGUGCACUUAAAUUUGGUUUGGUUAUUGAACUGGCAGGACUUUUCUGAACUGAAAUAGCAUUUUAUAUGCUUCCUUUCCAGCCAUUUCUUAUUUGAUUUACAUUUAUGAGAAGGGACUGAGAUCUGUGCUUCCUUUGAAAACUUUUCUAAUACAUGUUUGAGCUGCAGCUUUCAUUACAACUUCUUCUGUGGGGAAUAGAACCUGACCAAGUUCUACCUCCCCUUAUGUUAUGCCCAUCUGUUAAUAAGAGUGGCAUUGUAGAAUGAUCCAAAUGGUUCUUGACCAUGUGUAACAUAUUGUUUCAUUUUUGUUAUCACCUCUGCUGACAAUUUAGGAAUUCCUACUGAAGAUGUUGACAUUAAUGGAUGAUAGAUGUGUGCUUUUCAGUGUGUGUGUGUGGGGGGGAAUAACUAGAUUUUGAAGCUUUUUUUAGAAAGGUAAUAUGGAUUUAUUUGGCACAAUGUGGUUGCAAGAACUGUCUAUCUAAUCAUUUGCAUUAUUGCUUUUUCUGAUCAACUUACAGGGAAGUAAAGACCAAUUGAAAGAGGUGUGGGAGGAGGCAGAUGGACUGGACCCCAAUGAUUUCGACCCAAAGACUUUUUUCAAGUUGCAUGGUAAGGAGCAUAAUUUUUUCCUGUAAAAAAUUAAGCAACUUGAGUGAUACUCUUGGGAUUGCCUUCUCUGGAGCAAUACCUUCAUCAUGUGACAACAAAGAAUAUUAAGUAAAUUAACAUCGGUAGUAGGGUAAAAUCCCAUUAUGCAGAUCAGGGCUGAGGUGAUACAAUUUAUCAGACAGUUGAGUUCUAAUUCAGCAUUUUCACAUUGGAGUGUCCCUUUUGUACUGGAGUUUAUCUACAUGUGUAUAGGUCCUUGUAACACAACAAUUUCUAUAACUGGUGGGCUUGUUGCGCUUAUUUUCAUUUUGGCACUAUUUACCUCAACAGUCUGGAGUCCAUACUGAGGAAGAAAAUAAUAAUGUUUUGAAGAAGGACUACAACUUAGAUUCAUUUUCAGCUUGCCUUGUAUUUUUAAAACUCAUGCCAAUUACCCUUUCAAGGACUUGAAAACUAGUCUUGUAAUUAUACAUGACCUUCUGGACAGAUUACUCAGUCUUUUGAAGGUUCUUUAAAGCUGCAAUAAGCAGAAUUUCCAAAACUGCUAAAGAAUCGAUAUUCAGAUCUGGGCAAAGGGGCCAGAGCUUAUAAGGCUAUGCUCUGCAAAGUAAAACCCUCUUUUGCUGUUAUUGUUAGGAAGUAAGUCUGGGCAAGGUUGUCCCAGCUGCCCUCCAGCCACUGGGACUAAAGAACCUGUAAAAUAUCAGGAAAUGGGACUGAGAGUUAACCCCUCCUCAUUUCUGUUCUCUAUUUAUCCCUGCUAUUACACAAUGGCUGUGUGUGGCAAAGUGACUUUAUCAACAUUAUGGUGUUGUGACAAAUGUGCAGGGCUGGACAGAUCUGAAGCAGAUGCAUAUAAAGAAUAGUAUCUGAGACAGAUAGUUAAUUCCUUUCUAAGUUAAAUAGCACCAACAAUUUCUAAACAGCAGUUAGGCACUGAAAUCUUACAAAGGUCAUGGAUGUUCACACCCUUGUCUAACAGUCCCUUGCUUCAAAAGUUAAUUAUUAAAAGUCAAGCUGCCAUGAUUUAAUGCAUAUAAACAUGAUUCAGUAUCGGUGUGGCUAAGCGGGAUCUUAUCAAGGGGAGAAGGGUAAAGAGAGGCAAUGUAUGAAUUUUGAAUAUAUUCAAGGCUAUUUAUGUAUUAAGAUUUUAUUUUGAGCUAUGUUUUGGUUUCCGAUUUAAUUAUAAGAGAAUGGAAGCCUGAAGAGCACUUCUAGAUUUUCUUUGCUAAUAGAACACAAAACCAAAUAGUCAACAGCAACAGUCUGGUCAGUAGCUAAAUAGAAAAAUAAGCGUGCUGUGCUAAAAUAUUUUGUUAGAUAUAGAUGUUAAUCAAGUUGGGAUUGUAGCCUGCUACAAGUGAAUUAGACCUGGUGUGCAUGAGUGUGCUAAUGCUUUGGUGUUCUAUAUUUAUAUGCAUUAUACUUUUUAUAGAUGUCAAUAAUGAUCAUUUUCUGGAUGAGCAGGAGUUAGAAGCCCUGUUUACUAAAGAGGUAAGUGAUGCACAUUACAUGGAAACUCUUCCUUACAAUUAGUUGAUAUUUAAGGACUUCUUUCUAUAUAAAAAUGGCAGCACUGGUAAUAUUUAUGUAUUCACCAAAGAUGUGUUAAAGGCUAUUUUUUUAAAAAAAACAACAACAACCCAGGUCAAUUAUUCAAGGAAAAACAAUAUAUUCUGGAGCAGGGAGCAAUACGAGAUAGUUACUUUCAACACUUUGAAAGUCCAUUGCUAAAACCUAUAAAUGCAAGGGCAAAACAUAAAAACUUCAUACCAGGAACUGAUGCCAUUUACGAAAUUAGCUAUUGAUUUCAUAUUCAGGCUGGGACUAGCUACCUGGCAUGCAUAUUUCCAGUGUCUAGGCAUAGAAAUGCAAGGGGCUUUUACAUAUCUGUACAUACAGAGUGGACCAAUGCCCAAAUGUCUUGGUAAGUUCAAAAUUUGGAAAGUUGAUAUACUGGUCCAGUCUGAAGAGGAUAAGCCAAAAGACUUCAAUUCAAUUCAAACUGAUUUUGUACCAAUAUGUAUUGUAUAUUGGCAUAAAAAGCAGUAAUUUCUUGAUUUGAAAACAGAAGCCAACUCUGUUUGACGUAUUUAUAUAGUUAAACAAUAACAGGGAUGGAUAAUCUGUUUCAAGCAUAUUCCUUAAGUUCAGUGAUGUAUUUGCUUCUGUUUUAGCUAGAGAAAGUCUAUGAUCCCAAAAAUGAAGAAGAUGACAUGGUAGAAAUGGAAGAAGAGAGGCUACGAAUGAGAGAACAUGUCAUGAAUGAGGUGAGGCCAAAACAUCACUCUUUUAUAAAUAAUUGUAGUAGGCAAAACCCUUUUGUUACCACAUUCAUCUCACACACACACACACUUCACACCCUAAUGUCUCUAUAUCCCUGGUCUGUUCCAGGCAGCUGCUAGUGGGAAUAUGAAAUUCUCACAUAAGGAUGGUGACAGUCACAGUGACAAGCAAUUCUAAAAUGUUAUCACUAGGAUGGCAGUGUCCCUUGUGGUGGGCACUAAUGUAUUCUGACCCUUAGACAUUAAAAAAUUAGGACUGGAGGAAAUACACAUAGUUGCUUGGUAACAUUGUAUAGUAUUUUCCAGUGAGGAAUCCAAGCUUUUGAAGAACUCUCAAGAAUUAACUGUGUGGACCUUACAUAGGAGAAGCCCUUUGAACACAUUAGGACUUACUUCUGAGUACCGUAAACAUGCAUUGGAUUAUGCUGUGAGUGAGUGUGUAGGAGGGGAAUUCAUUUGGCCACACUGAAGACUUUGUUUUCAGUCAUCAUUUCCCCCUCAGAAUAAUGUGGUGCCUGUGCUGUAACAUUAAAAUACUGUAUCUUUUGAAAAUCUUUUGAAAACCUGAAUACAAAUGCAAGUACCUAAAGUGUACUUAUCCACUUGUACCUCUUAUAAAAGGUUGACAUCAACAAGGACCGGUUAGUGACUUUGGAAGAAUUCUUGAGAGCUACAGAGAAAAAAGAGUUUUUGGAGCCAGAAAGCUGGGAGGUAAUCCUGCCAUUUUUAAAGUAGAACAUGCUGCAACCACCAUCCUGACCCAAACCACAAGUAGUUAGUUUGUCUCAAGCCUUUGAUUCUCUUCCUCCUUUCUUUGUUGUAUUUAUCUGUGCUUAAUUAUUAGCAACUUUAUCAAAAUAAAAUCUGAACAGUGAGUCCAAGGACACUGUGCAUACGCUACUUUAUGGGACAAUCUUAAUGUUUGUGCAUGCAUUUGAAAUAGAAUAAGCACAGACAUUUUGACUGCAGUAUUCUUUGAACAGAGCAGUCAGCGAUUUAUAUUGGAAAUACAGAGAGAGAAUUGUGUUAUCUUUUUUAUAAAGUCAGGUUUAUGCCAUUUCUUCCCAGAUCCUGAAAGAAACUGAGAACUGUUAAGUGCUGUAAUGCUGUCCUAUAUGCUUGGAAGCUGUCUUCCUUAUAGUAAUAUCUCUAUAAGCACAGAAGGAGUUCUCUUUGGCAAACAAGAUUCUGUUGCACUUCACAUUAAGUGAGAAAGAGUGUGGGGAAAUUCAAGCCCAGCAGCAUAGAGCAGAUAAUUGCACUGUUACCACAAAUACAAUCCAUAUGCAUAAGCAGAUUUCCAUUCUUAUUAUUUAUUAAACUUAUUAGUCGCUUUAUCUUGCUCAAGGCAACACAAAGCAACACAAAACCAACCAACCCCCCCAAAAUUCCUCACAUAAAUACAUUAAAACAAAGUGGGGGUGGCACUUUCUGGACCACGGCUUAUGUAUGUAGGAAGGUGGGGGUGUGGAGGAGCAGAGGAAAACAUACAGCACCAAAAGGUGUGAGCAUACUGCUCCUGUAUUGUGUGUGCACUGUUCAGCAAAUGAUCACUUCUUGAAAGUCUGAUGUUGUCAACCGUCUUUAAGAAGCGCAGAUCUUCCUAUACAGAAGAUUCCUGGGGAGAGUGUUUCUGCUGGCAGGAGGUCCUGUGUGGACCCUCUUGUGGGGAAAAGCUAGGUAGUGCUGCAGGCUGAUGAUUUUCCUUAUCACUCCAAUGGGCAGACCCUUAGUCUUUUCAAAGUCAAGUUCCUGUCAAGGUGUGUGAAUUGUGCAUGGACAAAGAUCAGGAACUUGUUAGAAAAAGGAGGGGCGCUUGAGGAACCUUGCUAUUCUACCCCCCCCCUUUCUGGUAAGAAUUUAGCUAGUGUAAAAUGCUUCUCUUUAUCAAAACUUCGGAUCAUCAUAAAAAAUAUUGUAUCUUGCACACAUAUUUCAAAAGGUGGGUCUAUAGAAUAAUUUGUGAAUUGCUUCUUAAUUUUUUCAACAUUGAACUUUCUUUGAGGGGUUUGUGUUUUAUUCUUGUUGUUUUUAAGACCCUGGACCAACAACAGGUCUUCACUGAAGACGAUCUGAAGGAAUUUGAAAGUCACAUUUCCCAGCAAGAAGAUGAACUGAACAAGCAAGCACUAGAACUUCAGAAAAGGAAAGAAGAACUACAGAGACAACACGACCACCUUCAAGCUCAGAGACAAGAACUCCAGCAGGUACCAUCUGAAUAGCUGCAAAUUUCCUUUGGUUAUAGAUACGGAAUUCAUUGUAUUUAUUGUUUAGUAAGAACAGAACAAAUUAUCAUUUCUUGUUCUGAAAGUAUACUGUCUUUGGAAUGCAUGUUAGCUGGGUCUGCUGCUCAGACAUACCAGACCUCGAAAGGUUGGAGUGAUCUUUUAGGUAUUGUGGUCCUAAGCUGCAUAGGGCUUUAUACACCAGUACCUGUACCAAUAGCAGCACCUUAAAAAUAGCUUGGUUGCUAAUUGGCAGCCAGUGCAAUUUUUUUUUAGCAGCAGUAUAAAGUGAUGGUGAUAUUCUGUGUUAAACAACUGUAAAGUUACUGCAUGUUGCACAGUACUGAACUAGAUUAUUGGAUUUGGGAGGACUUGUUCCAGAGAAAAGAGGAAUCCAUGCAAAGCUGAGUUUAUUUAAGAAGGCAUUUUGUUGCAGACUUUACUGUGAUACACAAGAACUAUAUGGAUGUUCAUAUUCAAAGAUAUAUAUAUAUAUAUAUAGCUUUAUUGCAUGAAAUUAACACCCCAAUACACCUUGGAUUACCUAUUUUCCAUUUCAUUCCAUGUACGUUUGUAACUGCCCAACAGGCUGUCCAACAAAUGGAACAGAAGAAGUUACAGCAAGGACAUCCUCCUUCGGGACCAGAUGGAGAACUGAAAUUCCAGCCACGUAUGUAAAUUAAUUAUUCUCUUUCUCACACACACACAUAUUAUUCAUUGCUUGUGAGAAAAACUAUUUAUGCCCUCAGUGCAAUUCAGAACCAAAUUUAUAGCUUGGCACUUAAUAUUCUACUGCAAAUAAGAGAAGGAGCCUUCCAACCCAUUAGAUUGGAAUGUAACAUGUUUGAACACUUGGAUGCCUGAAACUGAACCCCUACCCAAAUACUUUCCUUGCCAGAUAAUUCAAAUGAAAGAAUCUAUCAUGUUUUACUAUGAAAUAGGGGCACCUUUCAUACAAACUCCAAAUAUAUCUCUUAGCAGCUGUACAUGAAAGAGAGAGAUAUAAUUUGGGCAAGUGUGUCUUUGUAUGUGAGAGGGGGGAAAAGAUGCAUUUUCAUAAAAGAGAGCCAUUGAAAAAUGGAAAAUACCAUUGAAAUUGAAAAUACCAUUGAAAAUGGAGCUAUAAAAUCUUACUGCACAUAAAUGAACAAGCAAAUACUGCAGACCUUCUUUGUUCUCUGAAAGGUGAUUUUAUGCAAGGAAAAAAAUAUCUAGUACCAUAAAUAUGUGGAGUUCUGCUCUAAUAACCUUUGGGGACGUUUUGACUAUAUGUGAUUUCAGCUUUAUGCAUAACCCCCUGUAAUGUAACCCCCAUGUAAAAUUUGAGUCUACUAAAAUAUGUAGAACCACACUUUCUGAGAUUUGGAUUACCAGGUAAUUGUUCAACAGAACUAACCUUUGUUUUUCGUAUUUUGUGUUACAGCUGCAUCACAACCAGUUGGAAAUGUUCAAAAUCAUCCUGCGGGAGGCAGUCAGCCUUUACCACCAGGAAGCAUACCAGUACAAGAAACAGCUGCAGGAUCAGAUCACGUUCAGUCUCACCCUUAA